AUGCUGGUUCCAUUACCGGCGCUGGCACUGGCUGCCGCCAGCAUCCUGUCGACAUCGGGGCUGGUCGCAGGCCUCGACAUACCCGCCGACACCCCCGUCUCGUCCUUGCUCUCCUCGGCCCAAGCCCACCUGAUCCGGGGCGAGAUGAGCGAUGCCCUCGCCUACUACGACGCCGCCGUGGCCCGAGACCCCCGCGACUACCUCACCUACUUCAAGCGCGCGACCACCUACCUAUCGCUCGGCCGCACCUCGCAGGCCUCGGACGACUUCAACAAGGUCCUGGCCCUGAAGCCCGGCUUCGAGGGCGCCCACGUGCAGCUGGCCAAGAUCAGGGCGAGGAGCGCCGACUGGGCAGGCGCCAAGGAGCAGUACGCACUCGCCAAGAAGACCCAGGGGACGCCCGACUUUGACAAGUUGGUCGAGGCCCAGGGCGCUGCCGCGCUCGCCGAGGACGCCGCCAGCAGCGGGAGCUGGGACGAAUGCAUCGCCCAGGCCGGCGAGGCCAUCCUCACGGCCAACCGGGCCCCGGCCCUGCGAGAGCUGCGCGCGAGGUGUCGCUUCGCCAAGGGCGAGGUCGAGGAAGGCAUGGGCGAUCUGCACCACAUCCUCCAGAUGAACCCCGGCGACACCACCCCCCACGUCACCAUAUCCGCCACCACGUUCUACGGCCUGGGCGACACGGAGCAGGGCCUGGGCCAGAUCCGCAAGUGUCUGCAGUCCGACCCUGACUCCAAGGUCUGCAGGAAGGUCAUGAAGCAGGAAAAGAGCAUCGAAAAGACUCUCGGCAGGGUCGCCAAGGCGUUUGAGAAGAGCCAGUACAUGUCUGCCGUCAAGCUGCUGGUCGCGUCCGGCGACGACAAGGGUCUGAUCGACGACGUCAGGGACCAGGUCGGCGAGCUCCAGAAGGACGGGCUCAUGCCCGAGAAGACGCCCACGCUCCUCCUCAACAGGAUUGUCGAACUGGCUUGCCAGGCCUACUACGAGUCCAACGGCAAGAAGGCGAGCACCUACUGCGCCGAGUCCCUCCAGAUGGACGAGGAUUCCUUCUACGGCCUGCUCUACCGGGCCAAGACACAGCUGGACGCCGAGGACUUUGAGCCCUGCAUCAACACCCUGAACAGGGCCGCCGAGGUCAAGCCGGACAAGAAGAAUAUUGUGAACCCGCUGCUGCAGAAGGCGCAGGUCGCGCUCAAGCGCAGCAAGACCAAGGACUACUACAAGGUGCUGGGAGUGGCCAACGACGCAGACGAGAGGCAGAUCAAGUCGGCAUACCGCAAGCUAUCGAAGCAGUUCCACCCCGACAAGGCCGUCAGGCAGGGAAUCACCAAGGAGGAGGCAGAGAAGAAGAUGGGUCAAAUCAACGAGGCGUACGAAGUGCUGAGCGACCCCGAGCUCAGGGCCAGGUUCGACAGGGGCGAUGAUCCCAACUCCCACGAGCAGCAGGGCAACCCUUUCCAACAAGGCGGGCCAUUUGGAGGGGGCUCGCCCUUCAUGUUCCAGCAGGGUGGCGGCGGCCAGCAGUUCCAGUUCAAAUUCGGCUCAGGGGGCGGCGGCGGCGGUUUCCCAGGCGGCUUCCCCUUUGGUUAA